UGAACGACCAAGCCAAAAUGAAAAAAGAAAAGAGAAAAGUGUCAAAAGAGGAGGAAAUCGCUUUGAGCCGUACGCUAACCCUGCUAAGAGAUACCGAGCUUUUAUUACAAAUAUUCCCUUUGAUGUCAAGUGGCAGUCUCUGAAAGACCUGGUGAAAGAGAAAGUUGGUGAGGUAACAUACGUGGAGCUCUUAAUGGACGCUGAAGGAAAGUCAAGGGGAUGCGCUGUUGUUGAAUUCAAGAUGGAAGAAAGCAUGAAAAAGGCUGCAGAGGUUUUGAACAAGCAUAGUCUUGGUGGAAGACCAUUGAAAGUGAAAGAAGAUCCUGAUGGGGAACACGCCAGGAGAGCAAUGCAGAAGGUCAUGGCAUCAGUUGGUGGGAUGGGGAUUGGUCCUGGCCCAGGUGGUCCUGGCAUGAUCAACAUCCCACCCAGUAUCCUCAACAAUCCCAACAUCCCCAACGAGAUCAUCCAUGCCUUACAGGCAGGGAGACUGGGAAGCACUGUCUUUGUGGCAAAUCUGGAUUACAAGGUUGGUUGGAAGAAACUGAAAGAAGUCUUCAGCAUGGCUGGUGUUGUGGUUCGGGCAGACAUUCUGGAAGAUAAAGAUGGCAAAAGUCGUGGGAUUGGCACUGUCACUUUUGAGCAAGCCAUAGAGGCUGUUCAGGCUAUAUCCAUGUUUAAUGGACAGCUGCUCUUUGACAGACCCAUGCAUGUAAAAAUGGAUGAAAGAGCCUUUCCCAAAGGAGACUUCUUUCCUCCAGAGAGACCCCAACAACUCCCUCAUGGUCUUGGUGGUAUUGGCAUGGGAUUAGGACCUGGAGGUCAACCUAUUGAUGCAAAUCAUUUAAACAAAGGCAUGGGAAUGGGCAACAUGGGACCUGGAGGAAUGGGAAUGGAAGGCAUGGGCUUUGGAAUGAAUAAAAUGGGAGGAAUGGAAGGUCCUUUUGGUGCCAUGGAGAACAUUGGUCGCUUCCCAGCUGGAAUGAACAUGGGCAGAAUGAGUGAGAUGGAUCGUGCCAUGGGGGCAGGAUUUGAAAGAGAAUUUGGAAGAAAUGAAAUGGGAAUGUCUCGUAGUUUUGGAGAGACCUUGGAGAGAGGAAUAGGUGGUGGAAAUGCCAGCAUUCCUGGGAUUGAGAGGAUGGCACCUGGCAUUGAUCGUAUGGGCUCGGGAAUAGAAAGAAUUCCUUCUGGGAUGGGACAUGGGAUGGAGAGAGUAGGGUCAGAAAUAGACAGGAUGGGGCUUGUUUUGGAUCGAAUGGGCUCCAACGUGGAGAGAAUGGGUUCAGGAAUUGACCGGAUGGCCCCUCUGGGCAUAGAUCACAUUGCUCCCAACAUUGAGAGGAUGGGUCCAGCUCUGGAGAGGAUGGGAUCUGGCAUAGAAAGGAUGGGAUCUGGCAUAGGAUUUGGGAUCGAGAGGAUGGGCGCUGCCAUCGACCGCGUUGGCACCACCAUGGACAGAAUGGGCUCAGGGGUGGAACGGAUGGGAGCUGGCAUGGAACGGAUGGGGCUAGGCAUGGAGAGGAUGGUCCCUGCUGGAAUGGGAACUGGAAUGGGGCAGGUGAUAGAGAGGAUGCCUGCUGGUCUGGAUCGCAUAGGAGCCACUCCCAUGGAGAGAAUAGGAAUAGAGCGGAUGGGAGCUGCUGGCAUGGAGAGGAUGGGCUUGGAGCGCAUCGGAGCCACUAACAUGGAGAGGAUGGGUCCUCCCAUGGGCCAGGGCAUGGGAGCAGGCAUAGAGCGAAUGGGACUUGCAAUGGGAAGCAAUUUUGAAAGACCCAUGGACAUGGAACGUGGCAACUUUGCAGGCAAUUUUGCAGGCUCCCUCGGAGGUGCUGGAGGACCUGCAGCUGGGGUGGCCCGGAAAGCCUGCCAGAUAUUUGUGAGAAAUCUGCCUUUUGAUUUUACAUGGAAAAUGCUGAAAGAUAAAUUUAAUGAAUGUGGCCACGUGCUCUAUGCAGAUAUCAAGAUGGAGAAUGGGAAGUCCAAAGGUUGUGGGGUGGUCAGGUUUGAAUCCCCAGAGGUGGCUGAACGUGCCUGUCGCAUGAUGAACGGGAUCCAGCUCCGGGGCAGGGAGAUCGACGUCCGAAUCGAUAGGAAUGCUUAAGUAGUUGCCUUUUUAAACACUUUGAAGACCUGAUUUUU